UCGCCCCGCACCCCCGCCCGCCACUCGCCGCCGCCGCUCCGAGGCGCAGCCAGUUUCUAUAGCGACGGCACCGAUCCUCAGAGUAGUAACAAAGCCGGCUGCCCGCGGCCGCGCCGGGCCGGCGGGAGAAGCUGCUCCCUCUCCCCAGGGCACCGGCCGGUUGCGCCCUGUCAGAAACGAAGAACAAAUAGGAGCUCAGAAGUUCUUUUGGAGUAAUCAUUUGACUCUGGGGAAGAGACCAGAAGUGGAUUUCACUCAAUUUCACUGUGCUCUGUCAAGAAGCCUAAGUGAAAGAAAAAGCUUAUGCUCAGCAAAUUCCUUCGUACUUUCGGAUCAGUGUAGGAUGGGAUGAUGUAUGGGCAUUGUUUCCUGUGUGGAGGAGAAUAGGCAUUUCCUGUGCUCCCUACAAGUGAAUCUUUGCAAGAACUUCUUUUUCUUGGAAAAAGCGUUACAGAUAAGUAAUAAAUGUUGGCUUCAUAAUCUGGAUGAGGAUCAUCUUUCAUUGGAGAAGAGAAGGAAGAGUUUCCCAUCUACUUUGCCCUGCAUACUGAGCUCUGACGUUGAGAUCUCAGUCUACAUCUAAUUGUUUCUGGAGCCUUGGAAGCACGCUUUGCCCGUGGAGUGUUUGAUAAACAGAGCUUCUCAUACAGACCACAUGAGAUGGGCGCCUGGCUUGGAGGAGAUGCAGUACAGAGGCCCUAGCAGAAGCUCAAAAUGGAUGACUUCUACUGAUGCUUCUUGACAAUUUCAUCUCCUCUUUUCCUGUUUGAGAUGGCUGAUACGAUCAUCAGGAAAAAUUUCUAAAGUAAGCCUGAGUGACGACGUCUCUUUCCCCUAACUCCUCUUUUCACAAAUCUGCAAACCAUCAGACAAAAUGAGCAGUCCACUACAAGAGGAGUCUGCAGAGCCCCAGAGCUCAGAUGAGCUCGAGUGCAAGAUCUGCUACAAUCGCUACAACCUGCGACAGAGAAAACCAAAAGUGCUGGAGUGUUGUCACCGCGUAUGUGCCAAAUGCCUCUGCAAGAUCAUAGACUUUGGCGAUUCUCCUCAAGGAGUCAUAGUUUGCCCAUUUUGCAGGUUUGAAACAUGCCUGCCAGACGAUGAGGUUAGCAGUCUUCCCGAUGACAAUAACAUCCUUCUGAAUUUAGCUUGUGGGGGAAAGGGAAAGAAGUGCCUACCAGACAACCCAACGGAACUGCUGCUGACUCCCAAAAGGUUGGCGUCUCUGGUUAGCCCUUCUCACACCUCUUCGAAUUGCCUGGUUAUAACAAUCAUGGAAGUACAAAGAGAGAGUCCCCAGACUCUGAACUCGACACCCGUGGUGGAAUUUUACAGGCCUACGAGUUUUGACUCUGUUGCAACUGUGUCCCACAACUGGACAGUGUGGAACUGCACAUCUUUGCUCUUCCAGACCUCAAUUCGGGUGCUAGUUUGGUUGCUGGGGUUGCUGUACUUCAGUUCCUUGCCUUUAGGGAUUUACUUACUGGUAUCUAAGAAGGUCACCCUUGGGGUUGUCUUCGUAAGCCUUGUUCCCUCGAGCCUUGUUAUUCUCAUGGUUUAUGGCUUUUGCCAGUGUGUUUGCCAUGAAUUUCUAGACUGCAUGUCUUCUUGACAACAAAUGCAGUGAAAUAAGGUACACUGCCACAUGUGUAGCAUAGUUGAUUUAGCCUGUCUUUAUAUUCUUAUUUAUUUUUAUCAUUGACCAUCCCACUGAGUGAAAGCAGUGACCCAUAUUAUGCAGUUCUUUUUACAAUUUGAUUAUUUAUUGUUUUCUCUUUAUUUUCCUUUUAGCUAAGUAAUGACAUAAAAUUUCCAUGUUUUAAAGGGCUGGGUUGUAGAAAGGGGUAAUGGAAAAUUGCCAAACUUGGUGUCUGCUGCUGUUGUUCAAAUAAGUAGCCCCUUGCUUUUUGUUGGCUAGAUCGUGCAAUGUGAGGGUGCAGGAUCUGCCUUAGGAGAAGUUAGUAUAACAGGCACCUUCCAGUUCAAUGUGUAGCAUCUCUUAAUGCAGAGAAUCUCGUGCUCUGGGAUAUCUGUUAUUUCUGGUAGCAAAUGAAAUCAUUUAGUUAAUAAGAAUAAGACAAGUUAACGUUUGCUCUUUCCAGUUCUUGUUACAGCAAAAAUAUUUGUGGGGUGCCCAGUGGUCACAGACUUUUGGUGUUCUACAGCAUGAGGAACCUUUUCCUCAUGCUAACAACACAUCUCCGAAACACUUUCCCCAUGCACUUUGCUUGUCCAGUAGUUGCAGCUUCAUCUCCUGCAAUGGAUUACUUCCAUUAGCCACGUUUGUUCUCAUCUAGGUGCACUAAAUAAGUAUGUGUAACUCUUAGCUUCCUUUGAGAGUUCAGAGAUCUGCAGACUUCUCUGGUUGUGUCCCAUAAUGUUCACCUUCACUCCAAGCGUUUCCACCACCACACUGCAUUUCCAACCUUUUAGUUCCUGUAACAAAAGCACGCCUACAUGUAGGCAGCUACACUGGAAAAUCUUGCCUAUGUGACUUUAGCUGUAAUCAUAGAUCUUUUUGCCUGAUUGUGAGGACGUGGACUUUCACUGCCUAACACACGUUUCAGAAAAAUUCUGGAAUGAUUAAUAUGUGAGGGGGGGGGUUCUGCUUUUUUGGGUGUUUUUUUUUGUGUUUUUGCUUGUUUGUUUGUUUGUUUUCCGAUCCCACAGGAUAAGCACUGUGAUAAGUUACUAUUACUCUGGGAAGGAUUCUGUUUUGUGCGUAGUCCUUCAAAAUAUUUAACACUCUGAACUCCCUCUGUCACCAUUGUGAGUUGAUGGCACCCCAGCUGUGGCAAUUAGUGCAACUUGACUCUGUUGAAUUCAGAGGAAUUAGUGGCGAUUUACUAUUCCAUAAAUACAAUCAGGCCCUACGAGGUUUGCUUCUACGCUGUGUGGUUGAGGCUAAAUUUUCAACUACUGGAAGAGCACAAAAAUAAGAAAUGUUUAAUAUUUGUGUUUAUGCCUAAGUCUGGUCCACGCCGCAGCUGCAGCCUGGUUUUCCUGUGCACAGCAGAGUGAAAAAUGAGAAGCAGCAGAUGAUCAGUGGAAGCACAGCUUUCGGAUCAGGCACGAAAUGGAGCGACCUCAAGGCGCAGUAAGGGGAAGAUGGGUUGGUUGCAGGAAGGCUGACUAGAUGGCCUAACAAUAUGUUCUUAACAAAAUGACUUUGGUAAGAGUGGAAGAUGUUGAGGGGGAAAAGGAGAGCUUAAGUGGUGGUUGUGUCUAUCAAGUCUGAAGUCAAAUCAGUCCAAUUUUUGUAGCUGGCACAGAUAACACCUAUGGUUUCAUUGCUAUUUGAAAUCGUAGGAGAAAUGUGAAAUGUGAAGGUCCCGCUUUUCUUGACACUCAAGUUUAUAAUAGUGCAUAUAUGUGUGUGUAUGUAUAUAUGGACACAUAUGUAAGAAGAAAACCUAUAGCAAAAUUAUAGUUUUCAAGUGUGUGGAGUUGCAGAGCUUUGUAUUGAAUGAUUAAAGGAAAUGUUUCCAACUUCUCUGUCAUCACUGGAUAACAAUUAGAACUAAAACAUUUUCAGAAUUCCUAGAAAUGACUAUUCCUAAGUAAUUGUUUUGAUGUUUGUGGUAAAGCAUAUAGAGUUAGAAGAGCUGUGUUCCCCAAUCCCCGUAUACUGCAAGAUUUGACUCAUCUAUGAAUUCAUAAAUUUUCAAUCUCCAACAAUAACCAUGUCAAAAAAGCAAGAAAGAUAGAAAUCUAUGUGGUUUAAUGGUACUUCAUAACUUUGGGAGAAGAUGUAUUUGUGUGUUAGGGAUUUAUGUGAUUUAGGGUAUGUUCAAUUUGUCUGAAUAUGAUAUCUUUAAUAAAGGGCUGGCUCAUACAGGAUGUAGGUUUUGCAAAUGUGUGAUGUAUCUGUGUUCCUUCUGCACAACAUGUCUGCAGUGCUACCCGUUGUCCCUUCUGUUUUUUAAUUCCCAGUUCAUUAUGAUCAUUUUAGCUCCAGCAUCAGGUAUUUUGUACUCUGUUUUACAACAGAGCCUCAUCUUGGCAGGAUUGCAAGGUACCAGUUACAUAUCACAGCACAAACAAAUACACUUGUUGUGUUACACUUCACUAUUUUUUAAGAGUGCCACACAGUUAAAUUCACACUGUUAUUUUAGACUCUGCUGCAAUACUGAUCCACUCAAAAAUACGAGUGCAGAAAAACACUGAUUGUAUAGCUGCUCUGCUGCUUAGCCAGAGCACAUCAUUACAGCUUUGUUCUCAUAAAAUUCCUGUAUGACUUAAAAUGUGGCAACUGAGAA